GCUGUGGGUCUUCUUGUGAGGUGUUUCUACUUCUGCAAAAUAUACUAUGCUUGGUUCUCUAAAUUCUUCUUCUUCUCAUGACCAAGAAGAAGAAGAAGCCUUAGAUCUGCACUAUCAGCUGAAUCUGAUUCCACAGCCAUCGCCUGGAGGAACUACUUCUGGGUUCACUUCUUCAGCAAUCCACAUGCGCCAAUUGCUCAUCACUUGUGCAGAGCUCAUCUCUCAGUCUGACUUCUCCGCCGCUCACCGCCUUAUCUCCGUUUUGUCUUCUGGUUCUUCACCUUAUGGUGAUUCUAGAGAGAGGUUGGUUCACCAGUUUGUUAAAGCUCUCUCUCUUAGACUUAAUCCCCAUGCCGCUGCCAUUAGCUGUGCCUUGAUGAAUAUUGGAAAUACUACUCUUUCUGUUGGCGCCGCCGGCGGUGCUAGCAGUGCUGCUACCGGUGACGCUAAUGUGGGUUCUUUGAUUAGUAGAGAGUAUGAGGAGGAGGCUCUUCAAUCUUGCUAUCUUUCGCUAAACCAAAUAACCCCAUUUAUAAGGUUCAGCCAUUUGACUGCAAAUCAAGCGAUCUUGGAAGCCAUUGAAGUUGGGCAACAAGCUAUUCACAUCAUAGAUUUUGAUAUUAUGCAUGGAGUGCAAUGGCCUCCAUUGAUGCAAGCCUUAGCAGAGCGUUCCAGCAACAACCUUUCCCCUCCUCCUGUGCUCCGAAUCACCGGAACUGGCCAUGAUUUGAACAUUCUUCACAGAACUGGAGACCGUCUUUUCAAGUUUGCUCAGUCUCUAGGCCUCAAAUUUCAAUUUCAUCCUCUUCUCGUCUCCAACAAUGAUCCUUCUUCUCUUCCCUCUGCCAUUACUCUUCUACCAGAUGAAGUCCUGGCAGUUAACUGCGUCCACUAUCUGCACAGGCUCUUGAAAAACGACUCUCGAGACCUUCGCAUCUUUCUCCACAGAAUCAAGGCCUUGAAUCCCAAGGUGGUGACAAUAGCAGAAAGGGAAGCCAACCACAAUCACCCUUUCUUCUUCCAGAGAUUCUUGGAGGCUUUGGAUCACUACACAGCUAUCUUCGAUUCCUUGGAGGCAACACUGCCACCUAACAGCAGAGAAAGGCUGGCCGUCGAGCAGAUAUGGUUCGGUAGAGAAAUCAUGGACAUAGUAGCAGCAGAAGGAGAAGACAGAAGAGAACGGCACGAAAGGUUCGAAUCAUGGGAAAUGAUGCUAAGGUCCACAGGCUUCACCAAUGUUCCAUUGAGCCCUUUUGCACUCUCGCAAGCCAAGCUCCUCCUCAGGCUCCAUUAUCCUUCUGAAGGGUACCAUCUACAGAUUCUCAGCAACUCUUUCUUCUUAGGUUGGCAGAAUCAUGCACUUUUCUCAGUCUCUUCGUGGCACUGAUCAUUACCCAAUAAGCAUUAAGAUUCCCAGAGCUAAUUAAACAUCAGCAAGAAGAAAAAAGAAGAAGCUAGCUAGCGGAUAUAUAAUUUAAUGGAGUGAGUAAAAUCUUUUUUCUACUCAUCAUACAUAUUUGCUUUAUCAUUACUUGUUAGAACUUAGAGUUUAUUAAAUUUUCUAGCUAUGACCCACCACCAUCAGUACUCCCAUUAUUAACUUUAUUAACUUAAAAAAACAAAAAAUCAAUCACCUCCUCCAAUACACAAACCUCUUUUUCUCAUCCUAUAUUGAUUUUAUGAUGAGCUUGCUGUGGUGAUGAUGAUUAGUGGUGUGCAUGCAUGCGUCUCAAGUCUCUGCUCAUCUGAAUCUGAAACUUUGCAUGAAUGAAAUUUUGCAAAAGAACAGCUUCGUAGCUUCAUUCAUGGCUGGGUUAAUUUUGAAUCUCGUGGAGCUGAAACCGUUCGACGAUUUAUUAUUUGAUGUUUGAUAUAUGUUCUAUAUAUAUAUAUAUGUAUAAUCUGUAAUUGUCACUUUUUUUUUUCUUUAUUUAAUGAAAUUCUGUUCUAUGAAAUGAGUAGUCAAGUCCUCUCUCUUCGGC